UUUUCUCCGGGGCUCGCCGAACUUCUGCCGCGGCCGAGUGGCAGCCCCUGGCAGCUCUUCCAAAUUCCUCGAGCGAGGCUGGAGUGAGCUUAGCCCGUCGCUGCUAGAGUAGAGCCGUCCUAGGCGGGCCAGCGCUUUGCAGGCAAACACCUCGAGGGGAAGGAGCCGCGACUCCAUUUCAGCCCGCCAAAGGCUGGGAGCCGUAAAAAUCAUUAAAUCAGUCGAGACCCACCCUGUUCUAUCUGUGGAACUCCAGACGUGCCAGCCCCAGAUGUUCAAAAUCAAAAGACUGCCUUCAGAACUUGUGAGGUCGGCAUAACCCUUGGAGCCUUUACGACCUGGUCUCCAAGCCAGUGAGAAGAUGGCGCCCACUCUGCAGCAGGCAUACCGCCGGCGCUGGUGGAUGGCCUGCACCGCAGUGAUAGAAAAUCUCUUCUUCUCAGCGGUCCUGCUGGGCUGGGGCUCCUUGCUUAUCAUGCUCAAACAUGAAGGAUUCUACUCUCACGUGUGCAUAGGCGGGAAUAGCACCAACGGCUCCGGUGUAGCCAACACAUCUCACCCGUGGCCCAGCUGUGUGAAACAGGAGGAGAUGCUCAACCUGGGCUUCACCAUUGGCUCCUUCUUGCUGAGCGCUGCUACUUUGCCCCUUGGGAUAUCCAUGGACCGACUCGGCCCCAGGCCGCUCCGCCUGAUUGGCAGUGCCAGCUUCACACUCUCCUGUGUUCUCAUGGCCCUGGCUGCCUACAACCCACCAGUUCUUUCUCCGCUGAUCUUUCUCGGCCUUUCCCUGAAUGGCUUUGGUGGGAUUUGCCUGACCUUCACCUCCCUAACUCUGCCCAAUAUGUUUGGGAACCUGCGAUCUACCUUUAUGGCGCUCAUGAUUGGCUCAUAUGCUUCCUCCGCUGUUACCUUUCCUGGGGUCAAGCUGAUCUAUGACGCUGGAGUUUCCUUCAUCACCAUCAUGCUUGUCUGGUCCAGCCUGGCUUGCCUCAUCUUCCUCAAUUGCUUGAUCAACUGGCCCCAAGAGUCCUUCCCAGCUCCCGAGGAAGCCAGCUACACGAAGAAGAUCAAACUGAGCAGCCUAGCCCUUGACCACAAGGUGACGGGUGACCGAUUCUACGUCCAUGUGACCGCUGUGGGGCAGCGGCUGAGUCAGAGAGCCCCGCAUCCGGAGGGGGGCAAGGAGGAGCUCUUCCCAUCUGCGCAGGACCUUUGCCAAAGGCCCCCAGAAUCCUCCCAGCGCCCUGUCCCCUUCUGCCGCAGCGUCUGCUCGCCCAUCUUUCUGUGGAGCCUCUUCACCAUGGGCAUGACCCAGCUGCGUAUCAUCUUCUACAUGGCAGCCAUGAACAAGAUGCUGGAGUUCCAAGUGAUGGCCACCAAGAAGACUGAAGACCUGGAGGAAAAUGCUGAGGAAAUAGUCAACUUCUACUCCUCCAUCUUUGGUGUCAUGCAGCUACUGUGCCUUCUCACCUGCCCCCUCAUUGGCUACGUGAUGGACUGGCGCAUGAAGGACUGCGUGGAUGGGCCAGGAAACACAGGCGGCGCUGCGUUGGCUAGGACCACGGAGAAAGGAAGGCCACCCAGAGGUCGCUACCGCAAGAUCCAGAAGCUCACCAAUGCUAUCCGUGCCUUCAUCAUCACCAAUUUGCUGUUGGUGUUGUUUGGUAUCACUUGCCUGAUCAACGUCCUCCCUCUACAGUAUGUGACCUUCAUCCUUCACACCAUGGUGCGCGGCUUCUUCCAUUCUGCCUGCGGAGGCCUCUAUGCUGCUGUGUACCCGUCCAACCACUUUGGCACGUUGACCGGUCUACAGUCAUUGAUCAGUGCUGUAUUUGCUCUCCUCCAACAGCCGCUCUUCAUGGCUAUGGUGGGGCCGUUGAAUGGCGAUCCCUUUUGGGUGAACUUUGCCCUCCUCAUCUUCUCUUUUGUGGGCUUCCUGCUCCCCUGCUAUCUCUUCUACUACCGCCACAGACUUCUGCAGAGGCAAAAAGCAAAAGAAAGGACAGAUCAGGCUUACGCCGCCAGUGUGAAACUCCAGGACAACGCAGCCAUCAAUGGCUUGUUGAGCAAUGAUGCAACCACUGUAUAAGUCGGGUGGGGAAGGUGGGGAUCCUGUAGGUGACAUUGAGCAGAAUGUGGAAUUGGAGUGCCUAGCAGAUGGAACGAGAAACUAUUAGGAAAGGGAGGGGAGAAAUACUGUGAGAAUUUUAUAUUUGGAAACUAUGAAAAUAACAGAGGUGCUUUUAAUGCUCAACAAAUGCAUAUCUAUAUUUAUAUCUAUGUUUUUUAUAUAUAUAUAGAAUGAAAGAGAACUCUAUUUUUUUGCAGAGUAUUUUAAACAGCCCAAUGACUUUUAAAUAGAUGAUUAGGACGUCAGUCAAUGAGCAUCAGAGACCUAGAAUAGUUUGUAUAAUCAUCUGUCCUCCUCUCUUGUAAAGUGUUGCCUGAUCAGGGUGGCUGUGCCUAGUUCACAGCAUUUAGCCAGCACUUUCCAAUCAUAGAUUCAGUGUUGCGAGGGGAUGGUGAGCAAAUUUACCCUUAUUAGUUCCCCAUACUCUGUAUGAUAAUGAAUGGUGAAAAAAAUCAAGGGGGGAUUGAAACACACCAAGGGAAUGUUGUCUGUCAAAAUUUCCUUUGCUUACUUGCAUUCUGGCACCUGAUGCUGGGGUGUCGAAAAAUGGGAUGUGAUAUUGGGACAUCACUAAACAGUUGCAAAUCCUGCCUUCCCUCCCCCAAUUCCUUUUCUUAGCUUUGUAAAAAAACAAGCUAUAUCUUAAUUGUCUCUCAGAAACAAAGCUCUGAUGGCUUCCUCAUUGCUGUAUAUAUUUUCAGGUGCUUAGACCUGUCUUGACAGCAGGUAUGACAGGAUGACCCGGUUCGCAUCUAAUAACAAACCGUGGUUUAAUUAACCAUGGAUAGUUGAAUCAUGGGUUAUUGUUAUAUCUGAACCCAGAACUAUGGGUUGUUAGCCACUAACAACCCAUGAUGAAAACCCAUGGUUUGUUGUUGGGUUGUGAGAUGUGGGUUGCUUAGACAUGGGUUGUUGUUAUGUAUGAACCCAGAACUGGUUUGUUCAUGGCUUGAUUGCCAGGUUACAGAGGUGGCAGACAAAAGUAGUAACCAAAAAUAACCCAACCACUCUACAUGCCAGUACUCAGUGCUGCAAAGACAUGUGGGAUAGAGGGAGGGAGUGGGCAGAAGGGGCAGGAACCAAACAACCCAGGAAUUGAAAAAAACAACCUGCAGCUUGCUCAGUUGUCUGGCAGCCAAAUCAUGGAUUAACUCUUCAGCUAUUGGGCAGUAUAAAAAUGCAAUAAAUAAACUCUGGGUAAGGGAGCAACCUAUGGCCUAAUUGAACCAUGUGUUGUCAUAACAUGUCAACAAGGUAGCUAUGUAAAUUUUAGAGCACUGAGGGGGACAGUCACUUAACAGGAUUUGUGAAGGGCAGAAAAAUUGGCAGUUUUAAUGAUCUUCUUUUGGGUUGUUUUCUUUCACGAGGGACUCCAACAUUACCUCCUAGAAGCUCUUAUGCUGCCAGACCCCAGCCAUCCGACUUACUUAGUUAUUUGUAAAUUCAUAUUGUUGCCUUUCCAUAAAAAAUGGUCCUCAGUGUUGCUAGCAAUAAAAUCAACUUCUGUGCAACUUUAAACCCAAGACAAUCUAAAAACUAACAGCAGUACUCGGAGAUAAAAUACAGCAAGGUUAAAAAUGAUAAAACCUGCAAAAGCCUUGUACGAGAGAAGUUUUUGCCAACCAUGCAAAACAGCAAUUAAUUGGGUUUAGUGGAUCUUUCUGUGGAUAAGUUCCACAGUAACAGAGCCACCACUAAAAAGGAUCUGUUCCUGCUCCGGUAUAAUUUCAUGGUGACAGCAGUUGCAGCUGCAGUAGUUAUUCUCCAGCAGCUCUUAAUUCAUUGGAGGACAGGUGGAGUGCAUAGGUGCCUUGGACUCAGACCAUUUAAGGCUUUAAAAGUAAAAAACAAUACCUUAAACUUGGCUCAGCCAGUGCAAUUUUUUUAAAAAAGUAUUGGUGUUACAUGCUCCUGUAGCCUACUCCAGCUAAAAGCCAGGCUGUCCUUUUUCCAAGAACAGUCUGCAUAUAGGACAUUGCAGUAAUCAAGUAGGGAAGUCUCUAGAGUAUGCAAAACAGUGGCCAAGCCUUUAGCCUUCAGAAAAGCAUGCAACUGGCAUGAAAAAGUCCUGGCUGUGCCCAUCACCCUAGGUGUUAAAAAGUAAUACCAUAUCCAGAAUCACUUCCAAAUGAUGGACCUUUCUAUUUAAUGAAGCAAGUACAGGCAAUUCCCCCAUAUCUAGUUCAGCACAACCUCCCACUACCAACAGCUCCAUCUUGCCUGAAUUAAGUUUCACUUUGUUCUCAUCCGUCCAAUCUACUACCAAUUUAGGCAGCUGUUCAUGGAGGACCCUCCCACAGCUGAUGCAGAAGGGAAAGGGGAGAUAGAGCUGUAUCAUCAGCAUGCUGGCGACACCACACUCCAAUCCCCAGAAUGACUCCUCCCAGCAAUUUCAUGCACGGGUAGAAGAGCAAAUGAGAAAAGAUGGAAACCUGCAGUACAAUUCCCGUAGGAAAGAUCAGUAGACGUCCAGGAUCACUUCCUGGAACUUCCCUGCCAGGUUGAAGUGAAACUAUUGCAAAGCCAGGCCUCCUGCUCCCGACCUAUGCAAGCAGUCAAGAAGCAUUCCGUAGUCAAUACCUGUUCAGGAUCUAGGAGUCCUCUUGUCUCCAGGUGCAGGCUACCUGGCAGGGGCAUCCCAGACAGUUUCCAUCCAGAACCCCAGCUAGAAACCACACUGAAAUGGAUGAGCUGGAUCCAAGAGUACCUGGACCUGAUCAUCUUGGUUAAGAGUGGUAGAUGGGAAACAGGGCUAUGAUUUGCCAUAGGCCAGGGAUUGAGAGAUGGUUUCUUUAAAAGCACUCCUGGAAGCCAUGUAACUAUGACAAGAGUGGGCAGCUUGUGUGUCCCUCCCCCCUGAGAUGUUGACCAUUCUGGCUGGGGCUGAUGGGAUUGCAACCCAACAUUUGGAGGACUGCACAUUGACCACUUCUUUCAGCAUUCAAAUGGGAAUGCCAUAGAAAACAAUGCAAUGUAUAUAUAUGGCAUCCACACACUGAUCACAUUUGGACUGAAUCUGGUUUGUGCCUGAAUAUGUGUAUGGAUUUCUGUGGCUGGACUGGGAAGCUGGAGUUAGUGAGCAAAACACCUGGGAUGGGGGUUGGGGGGUUUCUUUCAAGGAAGUUUUUGAACUUUGGCACUUCCCAUCCUCGAAAUCAAGGGCGGAACGAGACUAGAGAUAAGAAAGUGGCAAACCGUUGCAGCGAGAAUAAAAAUUGGCCGUGUGUCACGAGACUUGGGUAUGAAAAGAUGGUGACCGGAAAUAGUGGGGGCUCCAUAGAGAGGCAAAAGUUUUAGCAGCAGUCUGGAUGAGGCAUCAAGCCCUGAAAGGAUGAAAUGUUUGAGACUGAAGUAUUAACAGAUUUUAUGUAAGGGACGGGGGUGCUCCCAAGGAAUACUCUUCCAAUUAUCAGUCUCUCCAGCAUUUUAGCUGUUAUGACUUGGGGUAUAAACAUUGGCCUUAUACUGCCUCCACCGAAGUAGACCAUUCUCUGCCAAAGCUCACGCCACAAUAAAUGGCUCAAAAGUGUCACAGCA